AUGGCGCAUUUCAAUGCUCCUGCCUUCUACGCCGACUUGAAAGGCCGGAGGCCCUCGAGCUUCGCGGCGGUGGCGCCCCGUCGGAUCGCUUACACGAUCGCCUUCUUGGUUUACGUAUCGUUUGGUUUCUCCGGCUACGCCGUCUUCGGCGAGAGCGUUCCAGGGAACGCUCUGGCCUCGUACGAGCUGAGCCGCUCGGUGCUGCUGAUGUGGCUCGGCAUGGGCGUAUGCGUGGUGGCGUCGUUCCCGCUGCUGUUCGCUGCGCUCAGAGACGCCCUCCUGCGACUGCUCUCCCGCGCGGCGGGAGUCUACCUGGACGCGCGGGGCCGCUCUGGCCAGGCCAUCACCGUGGUGGCCGUCGUCCUGAUCACGUUCAUCGGCGCCGAGUCCGAGGACCUGUCCGUGGUGGUCCCGCGGCGGGCGCGAUCUCUCACGCCGUUGGCUCUUGUUCGGCGUGCGGAUACCCGGCGCUGUGACUCUAUCCCUCAAGCGGCGACGAACUCGAGUCUUCAGCGCCCUAGGCUGGGUGCUCCUCGUGGUUGGCAGCGCUCUCGCUGUGGCGUCGUUCGUGGCCGUGGUCUGCCGGGACAUCCUGGAGGUGAUAUGAGUUGGCGGUGGUUGGUCUGA